GCUAACCUUCUGACUAGUUCAGGUAGAAUGCUAAUACCGCAUUGUCACGGACUUAGACAGGAUUUUUUUGUGUGAUUGAACUUUAAUUUAUGUGAAAUCCGGCAUGUAGGUCUAUUAUAUAAUUGUCUCGUUUUUGCAUCAUAGGCUUCACUUCAACAUUUGCCAACACGACGCACACCUGUAUCCUACAAUGGCCGGAAGUUGCCUACCAUAAGGAGCUGAUAGGUCAGUGUGGUUGGCAGGUGUGGAAUUCAUAACAAAAAUCCAGUCGAGCUUCAUUUUUACAUUGAGGACUAUAUUAAGCGUACCGGGUGUGUUUUUGUUUGAGGAGAGAAUCGUCUUGUAGCAGUGAUCAGCUUGUUUAGAAAAAUCAAACUACAGCUAAGCAGGAGUUGUAAUCGAUUGCCUCAACAUUCGAGAACGCGGACUGUCUGGAAUCAUGUCUCAGUGUGAGGAUAUUUUGCCAGACGACAAAGUUUUUUCUGACUUUAGAAAACAGUGUCUGUCUGUGGACAACUGGCACACAAAGUAUGAUAAAAAUGGAAUGGAAGUAUGGGUUGAGUCACAGCCUACUACACCGUCACAUGGGAGUAAGAAUAAGCAUCCAAAAGUUCACAAAAUCAAGUGCAGAAUGACAAUAAAAGACGUGUCGGCGGAGACGAUGUACGACGUUCUCCAUGACGGUCAAUAUCGCAAGAAGUGGGACCCCAGUGUGCUGGAAAGCUUUGACGUUGCACGAUUAUCCGCCAACGCCGAUGUAGGCUACUACUCCUGGCUUUGUCCAAAGCCACUGAAGAACAGGGAUGUGGUUACCCUACGUUCCUGGCAGGUGAAUGAUGUGGAGUAUAUGAUCGUUAACUACUCCGUCAAACACCCGAAACACCCUCCACGUAAAGACGUGGUGAGAGCAGUCUCUAUUCUAACUGGUUACCUGAUUGUGUCAACUGGACCAAACAGCUGCUUGUUCACAUACCUUUCCCAAGCUGACCCCAAAGGCUCUCUCCCUAAGUGGGUGGUGAACAAAGCGUCUCAAGUUUUGGCCCCCAAAGUUCUGAGAUGUGUGCACAAGGCGGGACAAAACUACCCAGAAUGGAAAGGACAGAACUCCCCCAAUCACAAGCCCUGGCUCAAUCCUGAACAGAGUGACCUGCCAAUGAUGGACGCCCGAGAGCUGUCCAUUCAGCGGGCAGACUCACUGGAGAAUGUAGAUGAGAGCUCCUCAAGAGAUGUGCUGGAGAACGACGCUGAAGACAGCAACUAAAUGUACGUGUGUUAAGGGGGACUAGACUUACAAAUGGACAGACGCCUAUGGACUGGAGUCUUGAUUUCCCCCCAUGUCGAAUGUCCUCGCAUGAAGACUGCAGCCUGACUCAUAACCUUUUACUGCUGUGAGUUCUCACCUUUGCACACUCUCCAUGGCCGUCUCUGCUGAAGGAAUGUCACGCUUGCAGCAGAUUAGUGCUUAAGUGCUGAUAGAAACUGUUCUUCAGGUUUACCUGCUUCUUCGGAUGAAGUGUUUCCUUUGUAUUUAUGUCACAACCGCUCCAGAAUGACCUGUGUGCAUUGCACACGGAUUCUGCUAGAAGAUUCUGGCAGUAUGGUUUAAUUGCCUCAAGAGUUCCUGUCACUGUACAGUGGACCAUGUGAACUUACAGAGUUGAUGAAACCCUCUAAUUACUGAUCCUGUAUUUUUAUAGUAAAAAAAUGAAGGUUUUAAUGAUGCUUUUAGUGGCCAUGUGGUAUUGGACUCACCCGUAAGGGUGAUUGUUAUAUAAUUAUCUACCUUGAACGUAAGGUACAACAUAACCUUUUGAAACUUUAAUUUUUCUUUUUCUUUAUGGGGUUGUUAUAACACAUCUGAUAUAAUGAAUCUUGGGGUAUGAUACCACACAUGUAGUUGAAGAGAAAGUAGGAUGCACAACUGUACUCAUGUGUAAUAUUUAUAAACAUUUUAUAAAAGUGUUGUGAACGA